AUGCGCCUGGUCGGACCUCAUGCAUUGCAUGACACAUCGGUGGCGGUCGCCGUGACGUGGUUCUGGUGGUGGGAUGACAUGGACAGCUGGACGUCCACAGCCCAGAGGGACAAGUUGCGAGAGAGGACCGAGGGCAUGACGACAAGGCAAUUUGCGUCGAUCGCACGACAUUCCUGUCGCGGAGGUUCAGGCAAGGCGAGUCAGAGGAUUGACCGUAUGAAGCCUGUGCCGUACCCUUCUCAGCCACAACAAGAUGGCAGCCGCGGCAAGCCGAAGCUGCAGACGCGCGCAUCCCUGUGUACCGACUUCUCACGCGUCCAGAGAGGACGUCUGGGGAAUCUCCGCCGCCUUUCCAUCCUCCAUGCCCUGAUCAGCCCAAAAACCACUUUUCAGCGGCAUGGGCGUCCCAGGAAAGACACAUUGGACUUAGAGGGCGGCUCGGACGAACAGGACACGCAAUACACCAACAAAUAG